CCCUUUUUCUUCUCUUCGGCACGUCCUCUAAAUGCCCACCCACCCACCAAGAGACUCCAAAGUCAUCUCCUCAUUUACAUCUCCUACUCAACUCUUUUAUCUCCAUUUUGAUGAGGCCCUCUCUCCUCCUUAACUUUCAUUACUACUACCCCUGCUGCCCGGAGGCUCUUUAAAUUCAGAUGCUUGUUCUCUUUUGCCUUGUGUAGAUAAUGAAAUUCGAAGACUUUCUGAUGCAGCCCAGGGAUGAUCAGCAGAGAAGACAGGAGCUGGAGGAGGAGGUUGUGAAACUGCAAGGUGAAUUGGAUGAGCAGCAAAGGCUCAACAGGGUUUUGCAGUGUGCGCUGCACGGCCCUGUUGUGUGUCGUUCGUGCCUUUGCUCGUUGCUUCCUGUUGAGGUUCAGGUGCUGCUUGCAGAACUGGCAAUGGUGGAGGAAGAGAUCGUUUGGCUAGAGGGAAAAGUACAGGAGCUGAAACUGUGCCUGUACCAAGAGAAGGAACAGAACAGAGAAAGGGAAGCACAGCAGCAGCAAUGGAGGAGGUCGCAACAGAAGCAGUUGAUGUGCAAACCUGAGUAUGGAUCCGAGCUCAGAAGUUUAAGACAGCUUCACGGGUCAAACAGUGAAGAAUUCAGAAAAUACAAAUUGAUAAGAGAAAGAAAAGCGUCUCUUGGUCGUGCCUCAGAAACUCAAAGCAUGUCUUCCACAAGAUCCAAUGAAGAAACACCUGACAAAUGGAGACACACAGGAAGAAGCCGAGACUGGAGCCAGACAGACAAAGAAAGUGUCCCUGAGAGCCCAAAUGAAAUCUCAGAAGAACUGGUCAAGUGCUUAACAAGCAUGUUUCUCAAAAUGAACCAGGCAUCACUAGACACAGAGGGAUCAGCCACUGUUCCAAGGCUUACUCUCCCCUGCAUGACCUCCAAAGCUUUUAUCUCAAAAGCAUCAUUCAACAGCAAAGUACCAACAUUUUCCUAUGAGGUCACGGCGUCAAAUCUUGACCCUUAUGGCAUACUGCAGGAUUUAGAUGGCAGUCUCAGGGAAGUUGGUCCCUACAAGAACUUCGUCCAGAUCACAAGAAGCUCAUUAGACACUAGUCGAAUCUCUGAAUGUUUUCAAGAAAUCGGAAAAUUGAGGGUGUUGAUGCAUGAACUUUGUACUUUGGACUUAACUUUCUUGACCUACAAACAGAAGCUAGCAUUCUGGAUCAACAUUUACAAUGCCAGCAUAAUGCAUGCGUUUCUACAACAUGGGUUGCCUUCCACGCAGGAGAAGUUGCUGGGAUUAUUAAACAAGGCUGUGCUGAAUGUGGGUGGCAUUGUACUGAAUGCUCUGGCUAUAGAGCAUUUUAUUCUCCGGCACCCAUGUGAAUCAAAACAUGGGCCUAUGGAUGAGAAAGAAAUACUACUACGGCAUGCCUAUGGUCUGGGAUAUCCAGAACCUAAUGUAACAUUUGCUCUAUGCCGAGGCAGUUGGUCUUCACCAGCAUUAAGGAUCUAUACUCCAGAUGAUGUUGUGAAUGAGUUGGGGAGAGCAAAGUUGGAGUAUCUGGAAGCAUCAGUGGGAUUUACAAACAAGAAAAAGGUUAUGGUGCCCAAGCUUCUGCAGUGGCACAUGAGAGAUUUUGCAGAUGACAUGGAGUCUUUACUAGAAUGGAUUUAUAGCCAAUUGCCAUGUUCAGGGUCACUGAAAAGAUUGAUGAUGGAGUGCCUGAAUGGAGAAACAAAAUCGCCUACAACAAAAAUGGUAGAAAUUCAGCCUUAUGAACCUGAGUUCCGAUACUUGCUGCCCUUGUAAGCCAACUGACGAAACAAAGACCACACUUUCAGAGCAGCUAAUAGCGGAUGCAAGUGAUGAUAAAGCUUUACAAAUCCAAAAAUCCAAGAUUUGAGCAAGGACAGAAACAGUCACACCAUGUUUCCACAAAGCACGUUAAUACUUUUCCAGGAACCCGAGUGUCAAUAAGCUCAAUAUGUAUUCUAAUUGUUUGAUCUGUUACGUAUCAAGAUCCUUUAGCGUAUUCUAAAUUUGAUGAUUUUAGCACAUUCUAAAUAUAAAGACUAAUACUGUGUGUUACAAUGAUGGGUCUAACACUACCCUUUUGAAGA